AUGCGGUCACGAACAAGCAGUGUCUCCAGCGACUAUGGAGAUGCUCCUCUGGUUGAGCGGUCUGCCAACAUGCAAGGUGGCGGCUAUGGUGCGCCUGGAAAAACAGCCAAUAUACCAGUACCCCCCGCAUUCAAGUAUAGGGAACAGCAACCUGCAUAUCCAAACAUGCCUAAUGGAUAUGAUUCCAGGCCACGACCUCCAUAUGACCCAAGGCAAGCAAACCUAGGACCAGGCAACCCCAACAUGGCGCGCAACGGCAGCCCUCACAUGAACCAACAAAGGCCGGGCGCACCUCCAGAUGCUUACCAGCGAAAUCAAAACGGACAACAAAGAAUGAAUCCGAAAAUGAAUCCCAAUGGUAUGAUGAACAAUGGUAGCCCUAGCGCCUCCUCGAGAAUGCAUACCAAUGGCAGCCCGGGUACCCACCCAAGAAUGAACCACCAAGCCAACAAUGCCAAUCCUGGUAUGAAUGGAGGUCACCGGCCAAAUGCCAAUGGGCAAUAUGAUGCCCGAUACAAUGCGGCGGCACAACAAGACAAUGGUAACAGAUAUGACGCUGAUUACUAUGCUGAGUACGGGGCGUCCUCGGAACCUAGGUACAAUGGCAGUGGCAGUGAUGAUUAUGCUUCGCAAAACAAGUCAGAUUACGGAUCCAAGGGAAAUGCUGGAUAUGGAGCUGUUGAUUAUCAAGGAUACGGCUCUAGAAAUGGUAACGACUAUGGCUAUAACGCCAACACUGACAACGCCGCGGCCAACACCAAGUACAAUGCGGACUACUAUUCUGAGUACAAUACUUCCAAUGACUAUGGCGACCAUGGCGGCGACUAUACGUCGAACCAGAACAAGGCACCAGGGACUGGGUAUGGUAACGACUAUCCCACAAACAGUUACGGUGGCAGGGGCUACGGGGAGAUGAACAAGCCUGCAUAUAAUGCACCAUAUACGUCCACCGCGAAAGACUAUGGCAAGGACCAAGCCCAUACCUCUGAGGGUAAUUACUCAUCAAUGUAUAGACAAGAUGUGCCCAAACCAAACCAAGCGACGGCUGAUUCACCUUCUACAACACAAUACUCGCAAAAUGGACAAUAUGGCUCUCCGCACGGUGGGAACGGCUCUGAUUCACAACCGUACGGUGCCCCAAAUCCUUCAACGCCUCAACAUAAUCGGACGAACAACUCCAACGCAUACACGGCGCAAGUCAGUUCACCGUAUGGAAAUGAAUCAAAUGAUUAUUAUGAAGGUACCGCUACUGCAACUGCACAAGUGUAUUCACAGGGCAGCGCCAAGGUCAUUUCCACAGGUAGCUCAACCUUGACCGUGAAGCAGGGGGCAGAGCAGAAUGAGCAGACCCAGCCACAACAAGAGGAAGGCCAGAGUCCAGUGGUCCGCUCUGAAGCUGAUACCCAGCGCAUGCUACAGGAGCAAAAGAAGCUAGAUUUGGAGCGGCUUCAAAAGCAGCUCGAGACACUUCCUCCGAAGGCGAAGAAGCCUGUGCUAGAAAAACUGGCCAUAUUUGGCGCCAAAGCGAAGAAGCCUAUGCCUAGCCAACCAAACACGCCUAGUACGGUGAACACCACUGUGUUUUCUCCUACCAUGAGCCGUGGUAGUAGCGUGGAGACCUCACCUCCCGAUAUCCUCCCAAACGGUUCCGAUGAACUGCCAAUAACCAAUGCCACCGUUAGCGAUGCUGCGUAUGCAUCCGCGAGCGCUGCUAAACGAUAUGUUACUGUCAAGUGCAUGACUUCUAGUAUUACCCUGCCCGUUACUGCUGAGACAACAUCCACUGAUAUUCUUUGGGCCGCCGCCAAGGGGUUUCGCCAACAUGUCAGCCCGGCAACAUGUCUUUUGAUGGAGUGUUUUGUUAGCCUAGGUAUCGAAAGGCGUGUUCGGCGAUAUGAGCGCAUCAGUGACAUCAUGAACAGCUGGGAACGCGACUCUGAGAACUCACUACUCAUCAAGCCGUCUGGAUCAGGCCAGAGCGAUUUCGAUCUUGAUAUUGCUGCCGUGUCUAGGUCUAGUGAGGGUCCUAAUGGGUUCAACUUGCAAUUUUACCAUGCGACAAACCCAACUAAGUGGAACAAGCGCUGGCUGUCGCUGCGACGAAAUGGUACCCUCGUUGCAGGCAAACGAGAAGACUUUAAUGCUUCGGAUCGAGAUACAGUCCCUCUGUGCACACUAUCUGAUUUUGACAUUUACUAUCCUAAAGAGUCAGAGCUUCGGCAAAUCAGGCCCCCAAAGCAUUAUUGCUAUGUGGUUAAAAGUCAACAAAGGCGAUCUCAGUUUCCCGAAUCCGGUGGCAACUACAUCCAUUUCAUUUGCACUGAUGACGAAGCUACGGCACGCCGUUUCCACGAAGUUCUCCAUGGUUGGAGAAGCUGGUAUUUGGUUAAUCAGCAUCUAAAACUGGAACAUAAGCCUUCUACUUCGACGACAAACAGUCCCAUGGCGUCCAAGCCCAUGAAUGCCUACGGUAGUGCACCUCGCAACCACGAGCCUGUUAUCGAAGAAAAGAAUUUUGAUGUCGGAAACCUGGAUCUUAGCGGAAUCGACAUUUUUGCACCAAAGAAGGAACCUCCUAAGGAGGAACUCCUCAGUGCCAUGAAUUACAACGCCAUGGGUCAAAGGUAUUCACCACUUGUACCCCCAGCUCCCAGUAGCGCUCCAAGUUAUGAUACCGACGCCCAUGGUGCUGGAUCAGGCCAGGCAAAUGGCCAUGCUGUAGGCGUGCGAUACGCUGAUAUACAGCCUGGGGUAGUGCACAGAAUUGAAAAGGCCAACUCCAACGCAAAGAGCAAGAAGAGCGCUGGAUUCUCGCUUGGUGGACUGCUAGGCUCAAAGUCGAAGAAGCAACAGGAAGAUGAAGAGGAGGAGAUUGAAGAAAGCUCCUUUGUCGUCCAUGUACCGCCUCCUCCUCCUGUUAUUGAAUUGCCACCACCACCUCCUCCAGAGCCCGAAUCAUGGUUUCCUUCGGCAACCGCACACUCGGCUUCCACACGCAGCCAAUCUGCACAACCAGUCAUUCAUGUUGCACACAAGGUCAUCAUCAGUGAUACACCAGCGGAAGUAGCCGCGGGCGCAUGGAUCAACUUUGACGAGUUGCUCGCUGACGACCCACCGGUUCGUCCGGCUGUUUCCGAGUUCACAUCCAUCUUAGAUGCCCAAUCGCCAGCGUCGGCACCGCCAACCACUCCGUAUAAUCAGCACAUGGCGUAUGAUUACAACAGCCCCAUUCAAAACCGUCGGCAUAGUCCAGCCCAAGACCACUACAACUCCUCUCCUAUGCCACAACAAGGUGGAAGAGACUACCAAGCACAGACCAAUCAACACCGAGGCAAUUACUCUCACCCUCGAGCCCCCCAACCUCAUCCACAACACCCACAGCACGCACAUCAGCCUCACCCGCAACAUCCCCAUGCGCAACAGCAUCAUGCGCAUCACCAAGCUCAGCAGCAGCGCCAUGUUCAAGGGGCUCAUCCCAAUGGAAAUUAUGCCACUGCUCAAGAACCUCAUGCCGUUUCCUCGCCAAUGGGAAUGAGACAGCGUAGCAAGUCGGCUGCCAACGUACCUCCAGGCGCAGCCGGCGCCAUGCGCGCUCGCCCUGCCCAAGUGGAAAGGCCCCCUGUUCCUACUAUGCCAGCUGAUUCUUACAUGGCCGCACCCGUCAAUAAUCCCUUUACUCGAGGCCGAGAUCGUCGCCCCCGAUGA